AUGGCGACAGAAACCCUCACCAGGACGACCAGAUCAUCUGGCAAGGCUUUGACCAACAAUGAAAAGUUCGGUGAACGAUCAAUAGUGGGCGAUUUCGCCUGGAAGGAUGUCCUCAUACCAGACAAGGCCGGGUCUGGCACUGUAAAGUGGUGGUAUCAGGGCCGCACCCUUGUGCAGUAUGCUUUCAUGGCAUUGAGUGGCCUCUACUCCUUCUAUACCUUCGAAUCUCCCGCAGUCCGGGCAAGCAGUCUUGGAUUGCUAUUUCCUGGUGCCGGCCUUCUCGCAGUCGCGACCAUACCGGCCAUCCUUGGUCUCUUGGUCUCGACAGCUUUGAUCCCGUUGGUGCUGUUCGCUUGGUUCGGUGCUGGAGGGGUCGCUUUCCCAGUCAUGUUCUGGGUCGGAACUUCUGCAUUGGCAGGCUUACUGGCCCGAGAAUCGUUGUUUGACGGCGCGGCGCCGCUCUGGACCGCUAUUUGUGCUGGAGGCGUGGCAUAUUUGACUUAUGUGACGCACGCUGCGAAUGCAGAGUCUCGAUCCAUUCGCGAGGAACGCAACUCCUACCUCAUUGAAACUGUACAGAAGUCACAAGCUGCAGGCAAGAGACACGAGCCUGGCUCUCGUGAGCUUGAUCUGCGCGCUCUUCGAUUUCUGCAGUGGUUUCUGGAACUGGCUCAUACCGCCAAAGACGACUUUUCGUACCACGAUGUAAUCGACCAAUUUCAGACGUCCGCAAUCCGUUACCAAUUGUAUGAGGCUGUCAGCGAUCUCGGCGUUUAUCAAUUCAUCUAUGCGCCCAACUUCCAUGGCUAUCUGACCCAGGGAAUGAGAAACGUCAUCGAGAAGAGUUUGACUGAACGCGUCGUUGGCUUCUGGAAGUGGGAGUCGUUGUGGGGUAAAUUCACCACGGACUGGGACCCAAUCAAGAAGGACGAUAUCAUGGUCUCCGGAUACAUGCUUCAAGCACUUGGCAUCUACCAGACCACCUCGGGAGACGACCGGUAUACGCAGAAGGACAGUCUUGUCUUUGAGGUCGAUAAGAAUCACAGAUAUCCUUAUGACUUCAAAGCGAUCGCAGACGCCGCGAAGAGAAAUUGGGACGAAGGUCCAUAUUGCUUGUACAGUUGUGAACCAAACUGGAUCUACACCAUCUGUAAUCUGGUCGGUAUCAGCGGCAUGGUAUACGCCGAAAGACUGCUUGGUGUCAACUAUGCUUCGUCGCUGAAGAAGCGCUUCGAAGCAGCGCUGGAAGAAGAGUUUUCGAAUCGUGAUGGCAGCAUUCUGCCUAUUCGGAGCGAGCUCACAGGCUUUACGAUCCCAGGUCUUGCCGGAAAGCUUUCUGAUGUCGCAAACUCGAUUCUUUGUGCAUCCUAUUUGCCUCACAUUGCUCACCGCAACUGGGCUUUCACUGUCAAGGAGGCCGUCAGGAAAGACAAGAAUGGCAAGGUCGAUCUCGUGAAUCUGAUCGGAGCAGACAAGCUCGAUCCGGGCAAUUACAAAUCUGGGGUGGGCGCUAUGCGAGCGACAUUCGCCGGUGCGGCUGCAGAGUUUGGCGACCUGGAGCUUCGCGAUGAAAUGCUGCGUCAGCUUGAUGAAGAAUAUCAUCCGGUCUUCACAACCUCGACCGGCGCUCUGAAGAACAAGGGACUCUCAACUAUCGAACAAGGAGCGGCGAUGAGAGGUCGAAUGGCUGGAUUCCAAGACUGGGUACAAAUGGCAACCAAGGGUCCGGAGCCAAGUGUGCAACGAGGACCAAUCCUGGACGUCGUGCCGUUUCCAGACAUUCUGGUCGCAAAGGCAUACUCACAAGACGGAGACAGCGUAGACCUGGUGUUAUAUCCAGGCAAGGAAGCGGGCACUUUCCCACUCGGCUUCAAGCGACUGCGACCAGGAGAGGUGUAUGAUCUGGGGGGCCAGCAAGCGACUGCAGAAAUGGACGGGACAGCAUCAUUCGAUGUCGAAGUUGAUGGUCGCACUGUUCUUCAGCUGAUGCCGAAGCGACUCAACUAA